AUGGAUGGAGACAUAAACCGAGUCAAAUGCAUCAUAUUUGAUGGUCGUGUGGAAAUCAAUGUCAGAGGUCUACAGAGAAAGACACCGGUGAUGAUUGCAGCAGAGAAAGCACACAAACAUGUGUUCGACUUCCUUGUAAGAAAAGGUGCUGAUCUGUCUCUUGUCGAUGCUGAGAGCAAUACGAUUCUACAUCUUGCCUGUGAGGGAGGAAACCUUGAUAUAAUAGAGACUGUCCUUGUGCAGGACACUGUGGACAUCAACAGCCUUGGAGGGCAAGACAGGACGCCAGCCAUGAAAGCAGCAGUCAAGGGACAUAAGCAUGUGUUUGACCUACUUGUGACAAAAGGAGCUGAUCUAUCCCUCGUGGAUGGUGAUAGAAAUACUAUACUUCAUAUGGCCUGCGAAGGAGGAAAUUUGGAUAUCGUGAAACACAUUCUUACGCGGAACACUGUGAACAUCAACAGCUUGGGAGAAAACGACUGGACGCCAGCAAUGAAAGCAGCCAUCAAAGGACAUAAAGAUGUAUUCGACUUGAUAGUGAAAGAAGGAGCUGAUCUGUCUCUGGUGGACGAAGAAGGUGACAGUAUUCUUCACGCAGCUUGUGAGGGAGGAAAUGUGGACAUAGUAACAUAUAUGCUCAAACAGAAUAGUGUUACUAUUAACCUAAGAGGAGAAGACAUGUUCACGCCAGUGAUGAUGGCUGCAUCUAAGGGUCAUAUAGACGUAUUUAACGUGCUUGUAAGGGAAAAUGCUGAUUUGUUAAUCAGGGACAGUAACCAGAACAGCAUCCUUCAUAUUGCGUGUAAAGGGGGAAAUAUGGAAAUAAUUAAAUCCACUCUCACGAACUUCAGUAUGGAUGUCAAUGAUAUUGGGAAAGAGGGAAUGACACCCGUAAUGUUAGCAGCCUCUGAGGGACGAAAGGACAUGUUCGACUUUCUUCUGCAAAAUGGAGCUGAUUUGUCACACGCGGAUAAACAUAGAAACAAUAUUCUUCACAGGACCUGCCAGGGAGGAAAUAUGGAGCUAGUUAAGUAUGUCCUUGCCCAGAAUAUCGUGAAAAUCAACAGUCGAUCAGAUGAUGGAUCGUCCCCAGCAAUGGAAGCAGCCCAUGCGGGCCAUAUAGAAGUGUUGAAAUUGCUUGUAAGUGAAGGAGCUGAUCUGACCUUUCUCACUGAGGAUAAGGACAAUAUUCUCCAUGUUGCUUUACAGAGCAAACAUAUGGAUACAGUGAAAUAUGUCCUCACAAAUGAUUUUGUAGAGAUCGACAGUAGAAACAUCCACGGGAUGACAGCAGUUAUGUUAGCAGCAGAGGGGGGGACAGAAAAAGGACAUAGCGAAAUAGUGAAAUAUAUCCUCACAGAGAAUGCUGUGAACAUCAAUGACAGAGACAGCGAGGGUAUGACACCAGUGUUAUUGGCAGCAGAUUACGGAUACGGAGAUAUAAUUGAAUUGCUGGAGAGUAAAGGAGCUGAUCUGUCAGUAGUGGAUGAUAGCGGUGAGAACAUUCUUCAUAAGCUCAGUCUAGUUGGACAAGUGGAUUUAGUGAAUCAUGUCUUGAAAAAGAAGAGCAUUGUGCGGAACAUCAACAAAAGAGGUGUGCGGUACAGGACACCAGUGAUGACUGCAGCAUGUUGUGGUUACAAGGAAGUGUUUGAUGUACUUGUGAAGAACGGUGCUGAUCUGACGCUAAUAGAUGACGAUGGCAACUCCAUCCUCCAUUUGGCCUGUGAAGAGACCGUGGACAUAGUGAAGUACCUCCUGUCCAAUAACAUUGUAGACAUCGAUAGUAGAGGAUAUUUGGACAGGACACCAGUCCUGAUCGCAGCAGCACGUGGAAACAGAGGCGUGUUUGAGCUACUUAUGAAGCAGGGAGCCGAUAUGCUUCUUGUAGAUGAUGAUGGCAACAAUAUCCUUCAUUUGGCUGUUAAAGGAGAAAAUGUCGAUCUUGUUAAACAUAUCCUUGAAAAUAGGAUUGUGGAUAUUAAAGCUGAAAAUAGUCAUGGAUUGAAUGCAACCGAAAUAGCAAAAGAAAACAAUCGUAAAUCCGUAUAUAUUUUUCUGUUAUCACAAGGUUUUGGCUUGAAGUAA